GAAAGAGAGAGAGAGAGUGAGACGUGAGUAAGCGUAGUAGAGCUGGAGCAAAGAGGGAAACGGAACGGAGCCCAGUUAUACCUAGUCGGUGUCGGUACUGUCAGUAGUUGUGCAGGGGACACCAGCCCGCGAGUAUCUCAACGUAGAGCUCUUCUUCUGGUAUUUGGUAUACACGUUCGCUCGAAGUACAUACACUUGUCGCAGGUGCGUAAAUCGUGGAUUUUUCGCACCCAUACGAGCAGCAUACUUUGCACGAACAUGUGCUACCGAGGGUUCGCUCGCCUUGCCUUCGUCUCUUAACAUAUUAUAGGUAUAGGAGAGUAUUUUGUGCUCCAUCUAGAAGAGGAGUCAAAACUGACAAAGAGGCCCAGCCCCGGGGGUAGGCAAGUAAGCGUGCGUGUGUGUGUAUGUGUCUCUAGAGAAGAGAGGCGCUAAGGAACAAGUGUGUGAGGUGGUGCGCGAGUCAAACAGUUUCCUCUUAUCAUUUGAUGAAACUGUAAGGUGUUGCGCCGUUGAUUACCGAAGAAGUUGUCGACGUCGUCUGGUGUCUUCGGUGUCGCGAGUGGGUGCUGCAGGGCUGGUUUCUCCCGAGCCUCCGCUAGUGUUUAUCUCCGUUUGGUGCCUGUGGCUCUGUUGUUUCGUUUUUUUUCUUUUCUGUUCGUUUUUUCUUCCGUUCCCGGCUGCUUCUUCCCCCUGUGCUGCAAACGUACACAUGGGUACGUGAAGUCGUGAGGAAAAAAAAAAGAAGCAAGAGGGACACCUAUAUCUGGGGAGACUCGUAGUGGUAUAGGAGACAGAGCCGAUACUUACACGAGUCUGAGGAAAAAGAAAAGAAGAAGAGGGUUUCGGGCCAGCCUGUAGUCACCGUCCACGGUAAACCGGCGACUUGCAGCACGCACCACCCGUUCUAGUAAGAGAGCUCUAACCUUGCAAAAAAAAAAAAAAAAAAAGAAAAAAACAUCAACCAAUCAGCACCAGCACACCUGAGCAUUUACAAGCCAAUCGAGCAAACGUCACCCUAAGCAUGUCUCACCACAGCGACGACAACAUGCUGAUUGCGACCUCGGACUCGUUCUGGGAGCCGGGCAACUACAAGCGCACGACCAAGCGCAUUGAGGACGGGCAAAAGCUCUGCGACGGCCUGAUCGCCCUCGUCCAGGAGCGCGCCGAGAUAGAAAAGGUGUACGUGAAGGCCCUAAAAACCUGGUCGAAGCACUGGAACGAGAAGAUCGAGAAGGGACCAGAGUACGGGACCACCGAGGCCGCCUGGAAGGGCGUCCUCGUCGAGGCGGACCGGCUCUGCGACCUCCACACCAGGAUUCGGGACAACCUCUGCAACAACAUCGUACAGCAGGUCAAGACGUGGCAGAAGGACACCUAUCACAAGACGAUGAUGACCCUCAAGGAGAAGAAGGACAUGGACGACGCGUUCAAGAAGGCCCAGAAGCCGUGGUCCAAGAUCCUGCAGAAGGUCGAGAAGGCCAAGAGCGACUACCACAACAGCUGCAAGUCCGAGCGCAGCGCGGCCAACAUGGAGCGGAACGCCUGCGCCGACAGUUCGCUGUCGCCCGAUCAGACUGCCCGAGGCUCUGACAGCGUGAAGAAAUUGCAAGAUAGGGUGCAAAAAUCCAAGGAGGAAGUGCAAAAGGCCAAGGAAAAGUACGAGAGCGCAUUACAGGAGAUCAAUCAGUACAACCCCAAAUACAUGGAGGACAUGACUCAGGUGUACGAAAAGUGCCAAGAAAUGGAAGCCCAGCGGCUUCAAUUCUUUAAGGACGUGCUUUUCGGUAUUCACAAAUGCCUAAAUAUUUAUCAAGAUCCAGAGCUUCCGCAAAUUUACGAAGAAUUGUACCAUACGAUCAACAACGCAGACCACGAAAAGGAUCUUAAAUGGUGGUCGAACAAUCAUGGAGUUAACAUGGCCAUGGCCUGGCCUCAGUUCGAGGAUUACACCGAGGAAUUCCGCGACAUCGCCAAGGGCUCCAAGUCAAAGGAGGCACUGCCCGCCGGACAAAUCACCCUUAUCAAUCAACGCCCCGUCGGCGAGGACCUGCAUGAUUAUCCGCCAACGAACAACAAAUCCAAGGCAAAGCCCGCGAGCAGAGUCAUAUCGCAAGAGUCGAAUCACAGCGACGGUAAAACCGACACGAACAGCUCGACGAAACCUCAGCCCGAGAAAAACAACCACGACGCUAACUCGGUCAACAGAAAUUCCACGAUUACAAACGGCAGUAAUAACGGCAAGCAAGAGUCAAAUCCUUUCGAUGAAGAAGAAUGGGACGAGGACGGGGCGGAACCAUUGGUCGACAACGGCGAGCCCGGAGUGCCCGUCAAGGCGUUGUAUAACUACGACGGCACAGAGGCCGACGAGCUCACUUUCAAAGAAGGUGACAUAUUUGAAAAACUCGAGGACGAAGACGAGCAGGGCUGGUGUAAGGGCAGGAAAGACGGCAAGGUCGGCUUGUAUCCGGCCAACUACGUGGAUCCGGUUUCCCCGGCUUCUUAAGAGAAAGGAAGCCAAAGUUCACGUGACUCAGAGAGAAUAUUCAAUAAAAGGAAAUAAUUAAAGUCUACAUUAACAAGUGUAUGUUGAAAGGAAGAGAACAAGAAAAAGGGAAAUAAUAAUGGAUAAUAAAAGAAACCAAAUCAGCCGAUAAAUGAAAGCGAUCGCGUGCUUUAGAGCAAAUCGUCAGUAUCAGCGCCAUUUGUUUAAUCUUCGAGGUGGAUCAGCGCAAUUGCACAUAUUACAUGCCCCAAGACGAUACGGCGGAGAUACAUACACCGAGAAGACGGUUUUAUUCCCCUCAGCAUUAAUCAACUCUUGCAUAGCGUAAAAAAAAAAAAAAAAAACUAUAUUCACACCCGUAUAUACAUCAAGACUCAAAGGACAUACACUAAACAGUUAAAUAACGAAAGAAAUGAAAGGUUAAAUUAAAGUGAACGGGCGAUUUUUUUCCCUAACACAUACGUAGGUAGACUAUAGGGUAUAGUGAGAAAAAAAAAAAAUCCGUCGCUAGUGUAUUUAACUUGCGAAAGAGAAAAAGAAUGAGAUAAUAACUUUAAGGUGUACGUACAGAGACGGAAAUUGUGGAAGAGGGAUCGUUUUUACGUUUUUGUUGUUAUGUUAUCUUUUUUUUACCUCUCCUCUUUCGCGACGAUGGUUACAUAAACAAUACUGCUCAACAAAUAAUUUGUUCAACGAUGCAAGAGUGUGGAAUAAAUAUACCUGACACUUGGAGAGCUUUCUUCCUCUUACAGCGAGUGCACGUGAGAAAGAGAGAUAUUUGUGAGUAUCUAUAGUAUUCCUGUUUAUUUUAUUUUUUUUUUUUUUGAGAGAGAAAGAGAGAGAGCGAGAUUUGUGUAUUUAAUUUAUUGUUGUUGCGACAUUUGCGAGUGCAUCGCCGAGUAGGCGGUAACACGUUACGUCGAAAUUCAUGAAUAAAAAAAUAAGUGAAAAAAAAAACAUUCUGAAUGAUGUCAUUAUUGUACAUAAUAGUAUUAAUUACAUAGCUAUAUAUAUAUAUAUAUAUAUAUAUAUAUAUGAAUAUUAUAUAUGAAACAUGAGUAAUAACACAUAAAAGGCUAAAAAAACUAUUACUGUCGUUUAACGAGGUAUAUUGAUAAAAGAAAGAUUAAUCUGAAUUAAUAUAACGCAAGUUACAUUAACAAAGGAAGUUUAGGGGCCGAGGAAGUAGGCAUCAACAUGUUUUACCCAAAACUCAAUUCAAUUCAAAUAAGACUUGUUGCGUAUUAACUGGGACCUAAGAAUCAAUAAUAAAAAAGAAAAAAAAAAUAAGGGGAAA